AGUGCUGUUGGUCCUUGUGGGAGCGCAGGGCGCACGGUUCCUCUCCGCAGCAUUGAAUAGUCUUCUUCUCAUCGGACAGGCGACAAAAAAGACAGGUUGACCUGGUGUGUGCUUUACAUCCACGCUUUGACUUGAACAGAUUACAAGCGCGUUUAUAAAAGGCUUUUGUGUGAACGCGGUGAGCCCGUAACGCCAUUAACAUUUACUCCCUCCUUCUCCGACCGAAAGCUGGAAGCGUGUAACGGUUUAUUUGCGGUACAGUAGGCUGGAGCAGAUUAUUGAACGGCACACAGUGACUGUACGAGCUAAUGGGAUCGACAAAACUGACCUCAGUUGUCUGCGGAUAAAAGCGUUGGGCAGCUUUCAAGAGAAUACGCCGCAGUUCAUGUUUGGCUGAGUUAUAGUGGAGAUGAAACAUGUCUGAGCCUGAAAGAUGACCAUCCUCAGCUAAGUUGCGCCUUGUGAACGCAACAUCAAGCCAUCUGCUGGAGCUUUAACUGCACUCGUGGUAGAGAUGGUGAGUCACGCCCUCGCACUCUUGGACCAACUCGGUGAAUAGCCUGCUGCACAAAGCCGAAGGAUCUCAGCUCAGCUGGUAAAUAAAGCCCUCUUCCUUCGGUGCAGCGUGGGAGAAAGUGGCUCUGCAGUGCUGGUGUGGCAUCUCUGUAUAGGCUGAUAAGUGGAGUGAAAGCAGUGUUGAGCGAUCAUCUUUCACUCUGAGCCACUCACCUUUCAGGCCGUGGCCUCAUAGCCGGCUGUGAGGGCUGGACUGUCAGCAGGAACACACACACACACUCUCACGUGGACGUGUCCUGCAGAGCAGCUCUGUGCACCCAUGCAAAGCAUCUCCCUUAUGAGACAGAAGAUUCAUACAUGAGAAAGAAGUCAUGUGAUUGCUUGAAUGAAUUUCAUACAGGAUUAAGACACUUAAACUGACUUUUUUUCCCUUAGUGCCCAGUCGGGGCGUGUGGUGAGAACAGAGAAAACUGGUGUUGAUUUUUCUACUUUAUGAGUUUUCAUCACUGGGAGAGUGUGUCUGAGUGGCAGAGGGAGCCAGCAUGGCCAAGCCUCUGCUGAGGAUACAACGCUACUUUCGCAGGAAACCUGUCCGUUUCUUUUCCCUGAUCCUCCUUUACCUUACGGCUGGGAGCCUCGUCUUCCUGCACUCUGGCUUUGUUGGAGACAGCGGCCCCGGGGCCUUGGGAGGAAGGGACUCCAUUAUAGCCUCAGAGAUGGGCAGCCGAACUUCCUCAUCAGACACUCGGGGGCUUGGCAUCAUGAGUAGAGUGUUUAAGGAGACACGCAGGUCUGGACGCAGGUUUGGUCCUCGCUGGAUGAGAAAGAGCAGACAGGAUGUUCACGAGACAACGAGGCGGGGAGGAGACUACACCAGCAACUGGAAUCGAGCACUUAAAGGACGCAAUGCCAAAGAAAUGGAUGAUGGAAGAGCAAAGUACAUUGGUUGCUACAUUGAUGACGUUCAGAAACGAGCACUGAGGGGAGUUUCCUUUUUUGACUACAAAAAAAUGACUGUAUUCCGUUGUCAAGACAACUGUGCUGAAAGAGGCUACAUGUAUGCUGGCCUGGAGUUCGGAGCAGAGUGCUACUGUGGUCACAAGAUUCAGGCGCCCAAUGCUUCGGAGAGUGAGUGCAACAUGGAGUGUAAAGGAGAGAAAAGCAACCUGUGUGGAGGAGCCAACAGACUGUCCAUCUAUAGGCUGGAACUGAGCCAGGAGUCAGCACGCCGCUAUGGCAGUGCCAUUUUUAAAGGGUGUUUUCACCGGCCAGACAAUGUCACUCUGGCUCUUCCCUUCAGUGCUGUCAUCCACAACAUGUCUGUGGACAAGUGUGUGGACAUGUGCACAGAGCGGGAGAAAUCACUGGCAGUUCUGGCUGCAGACCAAUGUCACUGCGGCUUCCCAACUCCACUCUUCUCCCUUCAUGAACUGGAAGAUGAGGAGAAGUGUCUUCAUCGCUGCCCAGGCGAAGAGUUUGAGAGCUGUGGAAACGACAAAUUCUUUGUGGUGUACCAGACGCAGGUUCAAGAUAACCGCUGCAUGGACAGGCACUUCCUUCCCACUCGUGCUAAACAGUUGGUGGCCCUCGCCAGUUUCCCCGGAGCAGGCAAUACCUGGGCUCGUCACCUCAUAGAGCUUGCCACUGGCUUCUACACAGGCAGCUAUUACUUUGAUGGCUCCCUUUACAACAAAGGAUUUAAAGGGGAGCGGGACCACUGGCGCAGUGGGAGGACAAUCUGUAUUAAGACACAUGAGAGUGGCAGGAAGGAGAUCGAAGCCUUUUACUCCAGCAUCCUCAUGAUCCGAAACCCAUACAAAGCCCUCAUGGCAGAAUUUAACCGCAAAUAUGGUGGACAUAUUGGAUUUGCCUCACAGGCCCACUGGAAAGGGAAAGAGUGGCCUGAGUUUGUCAAAAACUAUGCUCCAUGGUGGGCGUCUCACACUCUGGACUGGCUGACUUUUGGAAAGAAGGUCCAUGUGGUCCACUUUGAAGACCUGAAAAAAGACCUGUUCUUACAGCUCAAGGGCAUGGUCCAGUUUCUUUCUUUGAAGGUUUCAGAGGAUCGUCUGCUCUGCGUUGAGGGCCAAAAGGAUGGAAACUUCAAGCGAUCAGGACUUCGUAAGCUAGAAUAUGACCCAUACACGGCUGAAAUGCGAGCAAACAUCAAUGAACUGAUCAGAACAGUAGAUGCUGCCUUGAAGAAAAAACACAUGUCUGGAGUUCCAGAGGAAUAUAUGCCAAGAUGAUCAAUGUGAUUUUUUUUCCUGUUAAUUUACUUCUUUUUCUGAAAGUAGGAUUACAAGAUCUGCAUAGGUUUGUCAAUUAAAUUUCUCUCAAAUCCCAUAGUUGAAGCUGUAGAUAGAAAAUAUCUAUUUUCUUUCUUUCUUUUUUUUGUAAUUAAUUGUUGUAAUUUUUGAUUAUCUUGAACUUAAGAAGCUUCGUGCAUUUGCACACCAAGCAGCUACAACAGUAGAUGUUUUCUUUUUUUUUUUGUUUUGCUUAAUAAAAAACACUUCUUACCCUGCUCUAUGCAUAUGUACUGUGAAGGCAUGUGUCCAUGCCUUAACACCAGUUUUGUAUGAGCUUAUUUCAUGUAAAAGAGAAAAAAAUGAUCACAAGAAAAUGUUAAAAUAUUGAAUUUCCUGCUGCUACAGUUACAGAACAGUUUUAUAUAUAAAGUUCUCUAAUACUUAAAAACUGAAACUCUUCAUCGAAGGGGCAAAAUGCAAUAUGUAGGAUAUCACUACCUGAAAAUGAUGAUGAUACUGUGUGUUUCCAAGUUUUUCUAAGUUAUUCACCUUAUUUAUCUGUUUAUCAAUCAAUAGGUAAAAGACUCAAUUUUUUUCCCUCAAGUAGUUGAAUAAUCUCUUUUAAAGGCACUGACUCAAGAACAGAAGGAUUUUCAGUGUUUAUUUAUCUCUGGUGUGUAGAGCAUGUGUUGGUUAACAAUUACAGAUGUUUUCUUAACACUGGACUUGAUGCAAAAAUCCAAAAAGCACCUCACUGUGCAGCACCUUCUCCAAAGAUCAAGAGUUAUUUAUUACACUCAUGUUAUAAUUUGGAAGCUAUUUUUAGUCUUUGUGAUCGUUGUAGAUUUAUUUCCUUCAUUCAGUUAUACAAAUAGUUUUUUAUUGAGUUAUUGUAUGAAAAGCUUUGAAGCCAUUGAAGCUACUUAUAAUUUUAUUCUAACUUGUUUGACAAAACAAAUCUCUAGGAAAGAUAUUUUCUAAACAGCACGUCUUAUAACGGUACUCAGUGUGCUCUGCUCUGUCUUUAAAAACAAGCAACUAAAUAAAAAUGAAAGAUAAAUAUAGAAAUAUUAAAAGAAUAACUAGAUAAAUAAAUUUAAAAAACACUGCUGAGAGGCAAGAAGACAUUAACUAACUUCCAUUUUCAAUAUAAUAAAAAUAUAUUUUUGUAGUACACGCUGACAGACCAGAAAUAUUUCUACUACAACAAGCAAAUGGGAGAAGUUGUUUCUAUUUUUAACAUAUGCUUUAUUGGCUUUUGCUUUCAUUGACUAGCUGGCACUCACUGGGCAGGUGUCAAGUCUGAAUGUAUUUUCUAUGGACUGAAUGUAAUGUGAUAAGGCCCAAUAAAUGAGCAAAUUGAAAUUUCUUUAUGUUGUGCUGCUUGAACAAGUAUUGAAAAUGUA